AUGGAGGUCAGGGUCGGAGGCAAGUACCGACUUGGUCGGAAGAUCGGCAGCGGCUCUUUCGGCGAUAUCUAUAUUGGUGCAAACAUCUUGACGGGCGAUGAGGUGGCGAUCAAAUUGGAGUCUAUAAAGUCGAAGCAUCCUCAACUGCUCUAUGAAUCGAAACUGUACAAGCUGCUGGCGGGGGGGAUUGGGAUCCCCAUGGUACAUUGGUAUGGCAUCGAAGGCGACUACAAUGUCAUGGUUAUCGAUCUCCUUGGUCCCUCCCUGGAGGACUUAUUCAGCAUCUGCAAUCGCAAGCUCUCGCUCAAGACAGUGCUGAUGCUAGCAGAUCAGAUGCUGAAUCGCAUCGAGUUCGUCCACAGCAAGAACUUCAUCCACCGCGAUAUCAAACCCGACAACUUCCUGAUUGGGCGUGGGAAGAAGAUGUCCGUCGUCUAUAUCAUCGAUUUUGGUUUGGCAAAGAAAUACCGAGACCCCAAGACGCAGCAGCACAUCCCGUACAGGGAAGGGAAGAAUCUGACAGGCACAGCGCGUUAUGCUUCCAUAAACACCCACCUGGGUAUCGAGCAAAGUCGACGCGACGAUUUGGAGGCGCUGGGCUACGUUCUCAUGUACUUCAAUAGAGGCUCGCUGCCGUGGCAAGGAUUGAAAGCGACGACGAAGAAGGAUAAGUACGACAAGAUUAUGGAGAAGAAGAUGUCCACUCCAAUUGAAAUUCUCUGCAAACACUUCCCAUUCGAAUUCAUCACCUACUUGAAUUACUGCCGUUCCCUGCGGUUCGAGGAUCGCCCCGACUACGCAUACUUGCGCCGACUGUUCAAAGACUUGUUUUUUAGAGAGGGAUAUCAGUACGACUUCAUCUUCGACUGGACUUUCAUCAACACGGAGAAGGACCGGUCGAGUCGAAGAAGCCAGCAAGUUUACGUGGAAGACAAUCGGCAAGUUGACGAAAACCCAAACGACUUGCCCAUGUAG